AUGUCUCCCAGGACCAGCAACGAGCCCGAGAGGCUCUCCGUUUCUCAAUCCAGACAUGCCUCCAUGGUCUCAGGGAUGUCAAAUAUGGCCUCAAGAACACUCCAGGAUGAUGAACUGUCGAGCCAUGACUCCGCGUCUCUCUGCUCAAUCUCCGCAGCCCAUGGAAACCCCCAGGACAUCAAAGACUGGAACAUGAACACUACAGAAUCCCUUGAUCAGGCCAUGUCUUCCAAGGAGUCCCCUCACAUGCAAAUGCUUGCUUUCCAAAUGCCUUCGCAGCUCAUGACCCCCACGGUCGGACCAAAUGAUGUGAUGUACACAGGCGUGGACUUCCCAGCAGUCACAGACCUGCAUGAUCAUAAUGAGAUGCCGCGGGACUUUUAUUCUUUUGUGGAUUUGUCUUCCAUAGAUAAUGAUGUCUGUGUACAGUCGAGCACACCGGAUGAUGCUCUGUCAGUUGCACACAGUUCCCACACGGAGGAUGGCCAUAUGAUUGCCGCUCCUGAGGCAUGGAAUGCCAUGAUGUCUGAAGGCCACUACCCUGGAACCACACUGGACCAACUUUCAUCAAGUCUUUUCCAGACUGUGCCUGUCUCUCCGCCUCUGACAGAGGCCAGUCAUGACAUGUCAGUUACUUCCUCUUGCUCGCACCCAGGAUUUCCUUCAUAUCUCGCCCCCGAUGACACACUCCUGGGAGAUUUCACCACAUCGCCAAUGAACAGCCAUGGAAUCAACCCAACGGAGCCUCUUUUCCCUACUCCGCCUCUGAGCGAGAAGGACCCCAACAGGACCAUCAGGGCUUCGAAGACUUCGCGCCGGAGUGCACUGCCGAGUGCCUCCCACCCCCAGGUCAAGACUGAACAGGAAUUCUUCCCUUCCCUGCCCGUGAGAGAGCCAGCUCGCCAGAGGUCCAAGGAUAGCUCUGAGUCUCGCAACCCGCGAGAGCACGCCUUCUACUCCAUGCCACCCCAGAACGAUGGAAAGUACUACUGCCCAUAUGCCUCCGGAGACAAGCCCUGCAACCACGCACCCACCACGCAGAAGUGCGCCUAUCACAAAUACCUAGAUUCUCACCUGAAGCCCUACCGCUGCAAGGUCCCCGCUUGCGUGGAUAGCCAGCUGCGUUUCUCGUCCAAUGCGUGCUUGUUCCGACACGAACGCGAAGCCCACGGAUUGCAUGGCCACGGAGACAACCCUCACCUCUGCCUGUGGGAGGGCUGUGAACGAUCCGCCCCUGGUAAUGGAUUCCCCCGUAGAUGGAACCUGUUCGACCACAUGCGCCGGGUGCAUGAUUAUCAGUCCUCUGAACGACUCAGCUCGCCUGAGACCUCGCCGACCGGUGCACCCGCUAAGGUCAAGAAGGAAGCCGCCAGCCGCAAGCGACGAGGAGUGACCGGUGCCACCCCGGCCUCGACAAUGAAGCGCACUCGCUCGGUGCACUCCCAAGCCGGAUCCGUGAAGGCCAACCAGGCUACUGCUCAGCAUGGACAGCGCCUGCAGAACGCUGAGCGGAACUAUUACAAGUGCCGCGCCCGUUUGCUUGAGGAGCUCGGGAAGAUCACCCCACAGGACGCCUCGAUGCAUGAGAAGGUCAAUGCCAGCCUCCAGGAGCUCUACACCCUUGGCCUGAACUACCGCCACCUCGAAGCCAGCCACGUUUCCCAGAUUCCCAACGGACUUUCCCUGCCCGCGUGA